UCAUUUAUUAUUGACCGGUUAACUAAAUUAUGGUUAGGUUGAGAUUAUUUGGUUUGGUUAUCGUCAAACGGCGUCGUUUGUUGUUUUCCCAAUUCUUCUUCACUUUCCGCGGCGUCUUGAGGAAGCGUCGACAAAUUCUUUGAAAUUUCCCCAGAAUCAAAAUAUCGUCUCUACAAAUUUGUUAGUUUCGUCGAGACGUUGAAUAGGUGACUAGAGAUAUGAAUAAAUCGCCGUUGCCGGUGCAGAAUGUGCAUAGCUCCGAUAAGAAGGUUGCCGGAAAAGAAGCAUUGGUGAAGCUUUUGAGAUGGCAUUUCGGUCACGCAGAUUUCAGAGGGAAGCAAUUGGAGGCUAUUCAAGCUGUUGUCUCUGGAAGGGAUUGCUUUUGCUUGAUGCCUACGGGAGGAGGAAAAUCGAUUUGUUAUCAGAUACCUGCAUUAGCUAAACCUGGAAUCGUCCUUGUUGUGUCUCCUUUGAUUGCUUUGAUGGAAAAUCAAGUAAUGGCGCUGAAGGAGAAAGGUAUUGCUGCUGAGUAUCUCUCAUCUACCCAAGCUACGCAUGUUAAGAACAAGAUCCAUGAAGACCUUGAUUCUGGAAAACCCUCUGUAAGAUUGCUGUAUGUUACUCCAGAAUUGAUCGCAACUAAAGGAUUUAUGUUGAAGCUGAGAAAACUCCAUUCCAGAGGUUUGCUAAAUCUUAUAGCUAUAGACGAGGCACAUUGCAUCUCAUCAUGGGGCCACGACUUCAGACCUAGUUAUCGUCAACUUUCAACCUUGAGAGAUUCUUUGGCAGAUGUUCCAGUGUUGGCUCUAACUGCUACUGCUGCUCCCAAGGUACAAAAGGAUGUUAUCGACUCAUUGAAUUUGCAGAAUCCUUUGGUCCUCAAGUCUUCUUUCAAUCGCCCAAAUAUCUUCUAUGAAGUUCGUUACAAAGAUCUUUUGGAUAAUGCUUAUACUGAUUUGGGAAACUUGCUCAAGUCAUGUGGAAAUAUUUGUGCGAUUAUCUAUUGCCUUGAGCGUACAACCUGUGAUGACUUGUCUGUUCAUCUUUCCAGUAUUGGGAUCUCUUCUUCAGCCUAUCAUGCAGGACUCAAUAGCAAACUAAGGAGUACUGUUUUAGAUGAUUGGCUGUCCUCGAAGAAGCAAAUUAUUGUUGCCACUGUGGCUUUCGGAAUGGGCAUAGAUAAGAAGGAUGUCAGAAUGGUUUGCCAUUUUAACAUUCCAAAAUCAAUGGAAUCUUUCUAUCAAGAGUCUGGUAGAGCAGGUCGGGAUCAAUUACCUUCAAGAAGUGUAUUAUACUAUGGUGUAGAUGACAGAAAGAAAAUGGAAUAUCUUCUACGGAAUUCGGAGAAUAAGAAAUCCCCAUCCUCUAAGAAGCCUACAUCUGACUUUGAACAGAUUGUGACGUACUGCGAAGGUUCUGGAUGCCGAAGAAAAAAGAUUCUUGAGAGCUUUGGUGAAGAGUUUCCUGUGCAGCACUGCAAAAAAACGUGUGAUGCAUGUAAGUAUCCAAAUCAAGUUGCUCAUUGCUUGGAGGAGCUCAUGACCACUGCCUCCCGAAGACACAAUUCUUCUCGAAUUUUCAUCACCAGCUCGAACAAUAAGACCAAUGAGGGACAAUACUCUGAGUUCUGGAAUCGUAAUGAAGAUGGAAGCAAUUCCGAUGAGGAAAUAUCAGAUUCAGAUGAUGCCACUGAGGCUGCCAAGAGCCUAGCAGGACCUAAACUAUCGAAAAAGUUGGGACUAGACGAGAAAUUGGUUUUACUGGAGCAAGCUGAGGAAAAGUACUAUGAAAGGAACAAACAGGUCAAAAAGUCCGAGAAGAAUGCAAUAUCUGAAGCACUAAGGGAUUCGAGCAAGCAGAGACUCUUGGAUGCGUUGACACGAGUACUUCAGCUGCUCGCCAGUGUAGAGGAGAUUGAUUCCCAGAAAGGAUCUGAGUUUCUUGAAAAUGAGUGCUAUAGAAAAUAUAGCAAAGCAGGAAAAACGUUUUACUACUCUCAGAUAGCGAGUACUGUGAGAUGGCUAGGAACUGCAAGCAGAGAUGAGCUAAUGACCCGACUUAGCUCAGUGGUUAGUUUGGCUAGAGAACAAGAGCCAUUAGAAGAGCCGUUGCUGGUGACUGAACCAGCAGAGAACACAGAAGAAGAAAAUGAUGGUAACACUAACACGGUCGAGUCAUGGGUGGAUGAACCGACACAGGAGCUAGUGGUGAGUCCGAUCCUUUCGCCUAUAAGGCUUCCACAAGUUCCAUCAUUCUCAGAGUUUGUUAACCGGAGAAAGAUGAAACAAAACAGAUCGAUAGAUAAAUCUUCUGAAGGAUUUGAUGACAAGAAACCGUCAAAGAUAAUGAAGCUUCAAUAAAAAAUGUAGCUGUUAACCCCCUCAUGAUAUUGUUUACUAGCCAAAAACGUUUUUUUUUCCAAUUUCUUUUGUAGUUUAGCUUUAGCAUUGGCCCAUUUGUCUGUUAAAGUCGUAACAUACACAAUACUUAGUGUUCCACCUGAUUGAAUAGACUUACUGAUGGUAAACAAGUUAAA